AUGUCAAAGUCCAGAGUAGCACUACUGGAGGAUUUGAAGAAGAAGAAGAAGCGCAAGCUUUCAACGCCCCGUCUAGAACUUUCGGCCGCACUGCUCCUCAGUCAUCUUUACGAGAAGGUUAGCCAAGCUACCCAAUUGAAAAUUGCGUCGUUUUACUGGACUGAUUCCAACAUUGUAAAAUUUUGGAUUGCGUCGACUCCAUCGCGACGGCAAACCUUUGUCGCGAACAGGGUGUCCGAGAUCCAGCACCUGACGAAAAGUGGUUCAUGGAACCAUGUCGCAGGAAUCGAAAACCCAGCCGAUGUUCUUUCGCGUGGCAUAUCAGCCGCUCAAUUGGAGUACCAAUCACUUUGGUUUAACGGACCCGUUUGGUUGCGCCAAGAACGAAACUUCUGGCCCGUUAACGCUGAAGUUGCUGUUGAACAGCUAGAACCAGCUACCCUGGAAGAACGAAAAAUCGUAGCGCUACCGCUGCAAGCAAUUCCGCCAAGUGAAAUAUUCUCGCUACGCUCGUCGCUGUCGUCGUUAGUUCGUUUGGUAGCUUGGAUUCGUCGUUUCCACCACAAUGUGCAGAGUGUCAACCGAGGCACUAGAAGGGUCGGAUUAAUCACCUCGCAAGAAUAUGAAGACGCCAUGCUACAUCUAGUUCGGCUAUCACAAAAAGAAAGCUUUUCGCAAGAGAUAGCAAAUCUGUCCAGUGGGACUCAAAUUAAAGAUUCCUCCGCAAUAUCGCCAUUGAAUCCUAUGCUGCAGGGUAGAAUACUUCGUGUUGGUGGCCGGCUCCGGAACGCUGCUGUAUCCGAGAAUCGGAAGCACCCAAUGAUCAUCGACCAUCGUCAUCCUCUCGCUUCGCUGGUAAUCCGCCACUAUCAUUUGAAGAUGCUUCACUCCGGACAACAAGUUGUCAUUGCUAGCACUAGACAAAGAUGCCAUGCGCAAUUAAUGGCAAAACUCCCGUCAGAAAGAGUGAACCCCGCUCCGCCGUUUCAGAAGGUUGGUGUGGACUAUUGUGGACCUUUCUUGGUGUCCUACCCCCAGCGUCGUAGUCCUCCCGUGAAAUGCUUCUUUGCUGUAUUUGUGUGCCUCAUUGUGAAGGCAAUCCACGUCGAGCUUGUCGCAGAUCUCACCACGGAGGCAUUUCUGGCGGCACUUAAACGUUUCUCUGCUCGUCGAGGCCGUCCGGCUUUGAUAAUGUGCGACAAUGCAAAGAACUUCGUCGGGGCCAAGCGUGAACUUCGUCGACUGUUAAAUCUUUUCGAACAGGAGCAGUUUCAGAACUCUGUGGCAUGCAAUGCCGCAACUGAGGAUAUUGAAUUUAAAUUCAUCCCAGCAAGGUCUCCAAACUUCGGUGGUCUCUGGGAAGCAGUCGUGAAGAGCUUCAAGACCACUUUCAAAAAGGUCAACGGAACGCGAACUUUGCAGUACGACGAGAUGCAGACAGUUUUCACUCAGAUUGAGGCAGUGUUGAACUCUAGACCGCUUACUCCAAUCAGUAAUGAUCCUGGAGACUUCGAAGCCCGUACUCCAGGACACUUCCUGGUGCAACGUCCGUUUGCAGCUAUCGCUGAACCUUGUUUGGAAAACAUUCCAACAAACCGUCUUUCCGUCUGGCAGCGAGCCCAAGCGUAUAGUCAGCAAAUCUGGAAGAAGUGGACCACACCGUACCUUUCCGACCUGCACAAUCGGACGAAGUGGACAAGGCGACGAGACAACAUAGCAGUUGGAACAAUAAUUCUAUUGAUGGACGAGCGGCUUCCGCCGCUGAAAUGGAACCUCGGUCGAGUCACCGAAGUGUUCUGA